CACUGACAAUUUGAACUUGUGAUUUCUACGUUUACAGCGAAAAUUUGUAAUUUCAUGCAAACAUAUUGAAAAAUACUAGUAUUAACACAGUAUGAAUGCUGCAAAUAAGCGGAAAGGCAACAUGGAAGCUGAUAAAAAUGCCAAAAGAGUGAAAAAGGUAUGCAGUUACGGCGAUAAGUGUUACAGGAGGAAUCCAGCGCAUCUGAGGGAGUUCAGUCACCCGCAUUUAGAAGCAAUCCUCGAUGCAAGUGACGGAGGGGACUACAAAAUCCCACCGGAGUUGAGUCUGCAGCGGCAACUUGUGUUAGAACAGUUGGAGAUCAUUGUUGAAAAGAAACUGUAUGAGCCACAGUCUUCUAGGACAAGUAUCACAAGACCAAAAACCCCAGAUCCUGACCCUCCCUCCAUAAGACAGUCAACGAAACCAACUACAGACCCCAAACUCCCAGGGGGUUCAGCAACUACAGACCCCAAACUCCCAGGGGGUUCAGCAAUUACAGACCCCAAACUCCCAGGGGGUUCAGCAACUACAGACCCCAAACUCCCAGGGGGUUCAGCAACUACAGACCCCAAACUCCCAGGGGGUUCAGCAACUACAGACCCCAAACUCCCAGGGGGUUCAGCAACUACAGACCCCAAACUCCCAGGGGGUUCAGCGUCUAAAGAAACACAACCGAUAGCAUCAAACGAUGCAAAGGCCUCAACAGCGGCUGAUAAAGAUUACAUAGCAUCAAGCUCUGAUAAAAAGGAUACGGGUAGAAAAGAUGAAAAAGAAAAUGUGACAACGGAUUCUGUAAAAGUUAAAGAUGACUACCGACCCAUAGUGCCUCCGACGCGUCGCGCGACCGAGUACCUGAGCGUGGUGCGGCGCGCGGGCGCCAUGGCGGCCAAGCACGCCGCCAGCGCCCCCUAUCACAUAUUCUACACCACUAUAGCUUCAGCCAAGGAGACGCAUAGCCAGCCCUACUCUAUCACUUUCCUAGAGAUUUUGGACCGCAGUUUGGGCGAGUUGCAAUGUUCCCUCCAAAUCAACUUCAUGGUUGAACCGGCCUGGCUUCUAGCGCAGUACUACUUCGCUGGCUACAGCGAAAAGAAGUUAACAAUUUUGUACGGGGAUGAAUGCUCGGACCUCAAGAACAUCAGUAUGAAGAAACCUCAAGUUGAAGCUUAUCAGGUGCCUAUGGCCACGCCUUUUGGGAAACACCACACUAAAAUGAUGAUCCUUUGUUAUGAGGACGGGUCGCUGCGAGUGGUGGUAUCCACGGCCAACCUGUACGGCGAUGACUGGGAAAACAGAACCCAAGGGCUGUGGUUCAGUCCCCGCUGUCCCCCUCUGUCCCCGGCCGCUAUGCCCCAUGAUGGGGACUCCCCGACGCAAUUCAAGAAGUCCCUGCUCAAGUAUUUGUCGCAGUACAGGAUUCCGAUACUCUCGAGAUAUGUAGCGAAGGUGCAACGUUGUGAUUUUAGCCAUAUCAACGUGUUCCUGGUAGCGUCAGCUCCCGGGGGCCACUUGGACCUGGAGUGGGGCCUGACCCGCCUGGGGUCCCUGCUGCGGCGACACUGCGCCGUGCCGCGCGCCGAGCAGCCGCGCUGGCCGCUCCUCGCGCAGGCCAGCAGCAUCGGCAGCUACGGCAAGGAGCCCCGGUUAUGGUUGACGGGCGAUUUCCUCCACUACUUCACCAAGAUAAAGGACCCGCCUCAAACACUGUCGCAGCCUCCGGACUUGAAACUCAUCUAUCCUUCAUUAGAAAACGUGAAGCAGUCCCACGACGGGCUGCUGGGUGGCGGGUGCCUGCCGUACGCCGCCGAGGCUCACUUUAAACAGCCCUGGCUCAACAGUUUCCUUUACCAAUGGAAAGCGAAAUCAUCACACCGUGACAAAGCCAUGCCACAUAUAAAAUCAUACACAAGAACAUCACCUGACAACAAGAAAGCUGCCUACUACCUACUGACUUCAGGCAACCUCAGUAAGGCGGCGUGGGGUAAUCUGAACAAAGGAAACUCCGCGCUUCGUAUCAUGAGCUACGAGGCGGGGGUGCUAUUCCUGCCGAGAUUCGUGAUAGAUGAAGAUUUCUUCCCACUAGAGCCGAAUGCUCCAAACCGAUUAGUCAUACCUUACGACAUUCCGCCCACCAAAUACACUAGUGACAUGCAACCCUGGGUCAUGGAUAAUUUGCGGUAGUCUACACAAAAAAAA